GAGUGUGCAUCACAGGCAGCCUCCCGCUCAGGGUUCAUACCGUAUAAAGACGACUUUUUGUACAGAGCUUGUUUUUUGAAGUGGGGAGGGGAUGCUAAAGAAUAGCACACCAGGGUGUCCCAAGACUGUUGAUAAUUGCAUCCUCUCGUCCACGUUGACUUUCUGUGUUCUCAAAAACACAAACCCUCACCUUGGUUCUGUGCGAGCGGCUACCGGUUAGUGACCGGGUAGAGGGUUGGACCAAGCAUUUAUCUGGAAGGGAUUGCUAUGCCUUCUUUGGCCCCUUUAAGUACAUGGGCUUGAAGACUCAGCCACCUGUGAUGGGAACGUGGGUUGAACUUUGUUUCCUAACUGUUGAUUCAAGUGGUGACUAGGAGCUUCACUUUUCUCAGACUCUACUAGACUAUCAGUUGGAGACAGUGUCAUGGAUGUUCUGCGCCCACAGAUUAUAACAUUCGAUGGACGGAAUUAUAGGAAGAAUCCCAUCCAGGAAAAAAAUUAUCAGCAUGAAGAAGAUGAGGCUUACUAUCGAGACUCCAUGGAGUAUUCUGAUGAGCCCUGUGACGCCUACGAGGUGGAGCAGACCCCUCAAGGAUUCCGGGCCACCGUCAGUGCCCCGAGCGUGCUCUACAAGCACAUAGUUGGAAAGAGAGGGGAUACCAAGAAGAAAAUUGAAGUGGAGACUAAAACAUCUAUUAACGUUCCUAAACCUGGACAUGGAGGAGAGAUUGUGAUCACUGGUCAGCAUCGAAAUGGCGUAAUUUCAGCCCGAACUCGGGUUGAUGUUCUCCUGGACACAUUCAGAAGGAGGCAGCCCUUCACUCACUUCCUGGCCUUUUUUCUCAAUGAAGUUGAAGUUCAGGAAAGAUUUCUGAAGUUCCAGAAGGAAGUGCUGGAGAAGUGCUCCAUGGAUCGUGGGGUUGACAGCUCCAUUUUUCAGAAUCCUAAAAAGCUUCACCUGACUAUUGGGAUGUUGGUGCUUUUAAGCGAAGAAGAGAUCCAGCAGACGUAUGAGACCCUGCAGCGUUGUAAAGAGGAGUUCAUUAAUGACAUCUCUGGAGGCAAACCCCUGGAAGCAGAGAUGGCAGGGAUCGAGUACAUGAACGACGAUCCUGGUAUGGUGGAUGUUCUUUAUGCCAAAGUCCACAUGAAAGAUGGCUCCAACAAGCUGCAAGAACUAGCUGACCGAGUGCUGGAGCGCUUCCAGGAGCUGGGACUAACAGUCAAAGAGUGGAACAGUGUGAAACUGCACGCCACAGUCAUGAACACGCUCUUCAGGAAAGACCCCAAUGCUGAAGGCAGGUACAAUCUCUAUACAGCAGAUGGCAAAUAUAUCUUCAAGGAAAGAGAAUCGUUUGAUGGCCGAAACAUUUUAAAGAAGUUUGAGAACUUUUACUUUGGUUCCCUGAAGCUCAAUUCCAUUCACAUCUCCCAGAGGUUCACAGUGGACAGCUUUGGAAACUACGCCUCCUGCGGACAGGUUGACUUCUCCUGAAGUGGGAGAAGAACAUCAGAGAACCGUGACUGCAGCAUCAGGAGCCUGGAAGUGUGGCAGAAGCAGGCACUCCGGCCUCCAGCUGACUGGGGAGGAGAGAGCUCCAGUCCACACCCUCCCUCCUGCCCCUCCCUUUCUGUCUGUCUUCAUUCCUUAUCCUCAUGACCCCUCCUUUCUGUGAAGUCUGCUCCUAAGCCUGGUGUUAAGAUCACUGUGUUGGGGAGAUUGGCUUCUCUGUGCCAUGGGACAGACCAUUUUCAAAUAUAUGAGAUUCCCAAGUUA